UAUAUGUAUAUAUAACUACUAUAUAUAUAUAUAGACCAAUGAAAUAUUAUCAACUUCAUUAUUCUAAACUGUGAGCUCAUUUCCACUUGUUGCCGAUAAUUUCGCUCAAGCGUUAAUUAUUGUAUCAUUCGGCAAUUAUAUUCGUGGUUUGAUUGCGCAACGUUAAAUUGAAUGUAGAGUAACUAUAUAUUCCACAUGUGCACACAUACGCGCAUGCGUGUGAAUGUGCGAAGACAAAAGUUUUCAGCAUAAACUUUUUUUUCGAUUGCUUCGAGGGGUUUGCUUUCAAUUUCUUCGGCGCGACCGUGAAUUUCCGUCUAGGAAAAAAAAAAAAGAAAAAGUGCGUGUGUGCGUCAGAGAAAAGAGAGAGAGAAGGUGAGAGAAAAAAGGUGACACGAGGGGGGCGAGCAUCGCGUGCGAAACGUAAUUUCUCCCUUUUUCGUGUAUUCUACCACCAUACACAUUCUAGAUACGUAAUGUGUACGAAGAGUGAUCGAUAAGAAUCGAUAGCAGCAGGUUUUCUAACAAAAAAGAAGGAAAAAAAAACGCACACAGAACGGUUGAUAUGUAGCGCACGAAGCUUCGCAAUUAUUGCCUUCCCUUUCGCAGGCGCGGGCGUUCUCUCUUUAUUCUCCCCUACAUAUAUAUUAUUUGCAUCGCGAGACUGUUCAACUUCAUCGACCAAAACUACUAAAGUAUACCGUUGGUUCUUUAAUACUUAAUUAUUCUUUUUCCCGCACCGCGAUUGUCAUAAAGCAUGUCCUGCGAAUGAAAGGGCGAAAAGAAGAACACCACUUUGAAUAUUUUCAAACGCAACUGGAACGCGAAAUGUUUCAGUGUGCCGCGUACUGACCUUACCGAAGGCUCCCCGUGUCUCGCGCCGACCAAUUGUAACGCGUAAGAAAAAUGCGCUCGCGCGACCAGCAUGCGGACGUCGCGCUGAAGCCACAGAAGAGGAAAUCAUCGUCGAAGAAAAGAUCGAAUCAUGCGCUCGCGCAAUCCCGCUGGCCUAGAGUCGCGAUAUCACGUAGCGCGGAUCCGCGCGAAAAAUCUGAUGAUGCCAAGAGGAAGUUGCCCCGCUUCGGCGGAUGCUCCACCGUCAUCGAUACAAAACACUCUGACGUCAUCGCCUAUCGCGAUAUCGUCGACCUCUUUUGCGAGAGUAGCGACGCGAGCAACGAAGGAAGAACAACUUGCCCUCAGAUCUCCAGCUCGACCGAGCUCGAUGAAGACAGCGUCGACGUGUGUUCCACGUGCAAGGAUUGCGCGGAGUGUCAGUUGCAGCAGCAGCAGCAGCAGCAGAAGACUGCGAAGACUGAGGAGAGCCUGAUGAACAGCCGUGAUGAAGAACUGGCGGAACACUUGGAUUAUUACGAGGGCGACAUCAGCGAUGAGGCGGCUUCCACGCCGAGCACAGUCGCCUCAAUGGAACACGAGGAAGCACCCAUUCUCGUAGAUCUGACCAGCGAGGAGUCGAAACAAAUCACCUGGAAGCAGACGAUCCUGAAGCAAUUCGACGACACCGAAGAGAGCUCGGAACUGUCGGAACCUCGUAUUAUGAUAGCCGACAGCUCUAGCAGAUUGCAGCGGACCGGCACGGGUGGCACCCUGGCGACCGCCUUGAGGGAUCGCGGUCCUUGCGUGAUUCCCGUGCAGCCUAAUCGCUCGCUGCCGAUCCGACCGGCGCCGCCGAUACCGACGCGCUCGGCGGCGUCGGUUGUGAUGUCGCGAAAAGCGCGCUCGAUUCUUAAGCUGUCGAAAUCGAUGGGUGCGGACGUGGUCGAGGUGCAAUCGGAUAUGUCUCCGAGGGGCUCGUUGACAAAUGAGCUGAACGAGUUCCCUUUCGGGCAGCAGGACGACAAGGACGACGAAAUGAUGCUCUCGCGAGAACUCAUCGAUCACUCGGACUACGUUCUUCCAGAUAUGACCAAUGUCGUGCAGAUUGCAAAAGAGGUCAAUAGUGCGAAAAGAAAAAACGACGAAAAUCGAGAUAAAGAAUAUGAGAAGGAAAUUACCAAGGACAUGAAAAAGCAGAAGAAAUCCCACGAAGCGGACGCCAGUCACAUACGCGACGAGCGCAUCAAAAAUAUUUUGAAGGAGUACUCGAAAACCUGCUCCGGUGCUUUGGUCGAUAAGAGAGGAAAAAAAUCACAGCACUUGUUGGUAAGAUUGUGGGAUGACAAGAGGUGCUCGUCAUCGAUCGUGGUGUCCACUACGCAGCCAGAGGCAGAAAAGUCGAAAGAGAUCUGCAACAAAGUUGUCCCGCCUUUAAGACUGAAGAAAAUUGUACGCGAAGCGAGUAUCAGCGAAUACCGUAACGUCGAAGUGAAUGCCGAUUCGGGAAGCGAGUCCAACUACCGCAUCGUCACCGGCGCCACGCCGCGUCCGGAACUAUCCGGCUACUCCACCACCUCCUUUUGGAGCAGCGUGACGUCGGAGAAGGAGCUGGAGUCGCCGGCGAAUAACGCGCACGACAAAAGCCGGCGGUCCUCGCCGAAGAGCGACGGCUAUAAAAUCAAGUACCGCCGCAACCGGUUGCGUCAAAAGCUGCGGGAGCUGCGCGGCAAGGCGCUCGAGCUCUCAAGAGAGAUGACUGCGUGCAAUAACACCGACACGAGCCCGCAGCGCAGCACGCGACUGCGGCAGAUGAUGAAUUGCUACGAGAAACAAAUCGAGAACGUCUCGAAGCUGCUGUGUAAGCUGUCGGCUUCCAUACCGCCGACGACUGACAACGCCGUCGUCGAUCUCGAUUACGAGAACGAGCUGGACGAGCGUACGUCAGCCGAGAAAACUGCCGAGAGCGACGACGCGCAGGUGAACGGGAUAUCCAGAAGCAGCAUUUCUCCGUCGUCUUCGCCGGGACCGCCCAAACUGUCGCCUCGCUCGCCCAUCGACUACGAGAAGGGUAAAUCACCUGACGCUAUGAGGAACAGUCCACCAGUGCUGCCCAGAGUUUACAUCGCGAUCCAACCGACCACUCUGGAGUGCCUGAAGCAGAAUCUGAGCGCCACCAAGAGCUGGCAUGCAAACGACAGUUCGUUGGAUUCGCCGAUCGAGAAGGAAGUCAAAGUCGACGAAGUGGAUCGAACGUUGAUUCGCGGCGAUGUAACAACGGCGCCGGUUCUAUCUCCGAUUUCGUCGCCGGACUUUGACGGUCCGAGCAACAGCACGACGAAGUGGAACGGCGGGGAGGAGUCCUCGUCGAAACUGAGGAAUCUGGAAAUUGCGCAGAAGAUUACAGAAGACACCAAAGCGUUUGACGACGCGCAGAAGCACCGACGAGUCACACCGCCGAUCUCUUCAAACAGUUUUCUAGAUUCGUCGAUGAAUAUCGAGCUGGACGAGAGCGACGUUCGCGACACGAAGGAAAGAUCUGUCGCUCAAGCGUGUCUCGACGACGUGACACAGACUUCGGAAAUCGCCGCGAGCAAGGCGGUCGCCUGCGAGAAGCAGGAAUUGGAACAAGAAUCGAAUGAGGCCUUACCUUCUGGUUCGUCGAUUGUUGAGGAACCUAGGAAGGUGACGGAAUACGGAAACUACGAUUCCACGGAGAAGCUCAAUGGCGAGGGUAGAGCGGCCGGGAGUUCUGUCGCUGCUGCGCAGGAAGCGUCGACGACUGUCGGACGACCGCAAGUGCCCGUCGCCAAUAUGACUAACAUUUUGCAGCUGCAGUCGAAUUAUUACGGCUCGUCCGUCGCGCGGGACAACGUUGUCUUCACAAGCGUCAUACAGAAUUCGAGGGACGCGCAGAAGGUGACGUCAAGUAUGAGUCAAUCUGUAGCUUUGGAUCCAACAAUACCUCUGGGAUUCACUCAAUCUGCAUCCACCGUCAGCAGUUCGAAUCAACAAUGUGUCGUCCUGCCAAAUAGCAAGAAAGUUGUUCAAGAGAAUACUAACCAGCGCACCGACGGAAGUCGCAUUAUGACGGAGCAAUUUCCCACACUGGGUAACUGGGUGGCGGAAUGUCAAAUGGCGGCGAGUGGAGUGUCGAAGAAGCAGAGUACCAAAUCGAAAUCCAAGCUGCAAUCCGGUGUAACAUUGCCAACCGCGUCAACGGCGGAAGUGGCUCGCAUUCCUGGAUUGGAAGCGCAAAAGAUCCGAGCGAGUGCGCCGAGUAACGCCGCUCGAAAUAACAUAGUCAACGUAGCUCCGCAAUGGAAUACGGAAAGGUGGCAGCGUCAGCAGCGUCAACAGCAGCUGUACGCGGCGUCGGCGUCAUCGGCCGCGCCGCCAGUGAGACCGCCAGGCUUGUGUCCAAAUAUCUCGGUUACUCAAUUUUAUCCACCUAAUUAUGCGAUCGAUCCUUACGGCAACGCUUUCGGCUACCACUCGACAAUGUGUCCAUACGGCAAUUAUCCUUAUCAUUCUCGUCUGCACGCCACCGCGCCGCCGAUUAGCGGCUACCAGAUGGGUCCGUUACAGGACACACACGCGUCACCGCUCCGCCAGAUGCAGCAUCUCGACAAGCGUUUUCCCGCACAUCUACAGAACGCGGCGACCCGUCACUUCGCCACAGAUCUCCUCAAGUAUCCCGGUGCGUUAUCCGCAGGCAGCUAUCAGCACACCGCCGCCGGCAUGGAUUACGAUCGACUCAGGACGGCGACGUCCACCACGCAGAACGGCACCGCAGGAGCCUGUUUACCAUCCCUGUUGUUGCCGCCACAUCCAGCGUUGGCUGCCUCCGCGCAGCAGACUCUGGCGCGCACUUCUCUGGCCAGGUAUCCCGCGAGUAACGGCCAGUGUGGUAGAAAUGGAAUGAUGCCGGACGUCGUCGCGGCGGCGGCGGCUGCCGCGGUAUUCGCAGCGGCUUCCUUCGGCCGACAACGCGAUACUUUGCCAACGUACAGAAGAGCCGACACCGAAAUAGUGUCCAGAGGCAUCGGCGGUGUCAUAGAUAACGAAUCGUCGCAAAUGAUCGCGCCGAACAGAGCGGCGAACUGCGAGCGCCUGCCGCAGGAGCAGGUGCAGUCCGUCGACGCCGUUGGAAGCAUCAAUGUGGACUCGCGACUUAAUAACGGCGGUUACCGUCAGCUGCAGAAUUUAAUUCUAGACAGAUUACCUUACGUGAAAACGGACGACGCUUAUCCCCAACCGUCGGCCAUUUACGACAGCACGCAGGAGCCGGCGGUAGCAUCCUCGAUGUCCACAUCGACGUACAAGCCCACGCCGAUCCGGCCGUCCGGCGGCGCGUUGGCCUCCAAGGAAGGACCAGCCCGCAAGGAGAGUCGUAGCUGUGAAACGCCUCAUCUGGGAAAGGUGAAUCGCACUCUGGAGAUGAUGAAUAAUCUCGAGUGCUCCAAUUGCGGUCUAAUUGGCUCCAUGUUCAAGUGCCUGGGCUGUGAGGCGGCCUUCUACUGCGACGAGAUGUGCCAAACGCGUCAUUGGAGUAUCCACGUAGAGAAGUGUCCUAAAAGGAUGCCUAAGUUAAAAAAACUUCUUUGAAAAUUAACCAGGAAAUCAUUUCGGAAUAAAUAUUCAUUUAACAAUCGAGACAGCAGUAAAAAAUGAAUAAUAGAAGAAACGUACGUUUUUGGUACUCUUAUAUUUUUCACCGGUGACUUAUAUAUCUCUAGUCAGUGUAUUCUAAGUUGCAAUAAGCGUGCGAGUCCUAUCUCGCAGUCAUAUCGAAUUUACACCACAAAUGUGAUAAAAUCCGUCUCGUCGUAAGAGAAACGCUUACUGCAAUUUUUAUGGUACUUUGUUUUCACGAUCUGAUGUUUCUGCAUUGUAAAUUACGAACUACAAAAAUGCAGAGUGCGACGCACCUCCAAUUAUAUCUUACUAUUAUACAGUAAAUGGCGUUUGUAUUGUGCAAUAAUUAUGGAAAAUUUUUUACGCAUCAGAUGAUCGGUGUAUAUUACAUGUCGUAAUGUAACGGAUGUUCCAAACGUGCUACCUCUCAUGUACCUUACGCAUUAUCAUGGUGCUUAGGUAUAAUUAUAAUCUCGUUUUAUGAUGGCUUUUGGUCCCUCACUAGAGCCACCAUCGAACUAGGCUGCUAUGAGAAAAACUAGAAGUGUAGUCUGUAACUUAAAAAAUUAAAUCAAAGGAAAUGUUUAUUGGAUGUGUGAUUAAAGGAGCUAGGAGAACAUGAUUAUUUUCAAAUAUAUGUACCUAAGAGUCGCGUGUUUUAAAAAAAUAACGCUUGAUAUGUAUCUGUUCCAAUGCUUUUUAAUUGUUACAUAUAUGAAAAAAUCAUAAUCAAACUUUUUAUACUUUUAUAACAAUUUGUACCUGUAAAGAAAUUGCAGCACUAUGCAGUUUUUUUUUAUGGAUGUAAAUAUAUGGAUGGAAAAAUAAAUGGUAUAAAUCACUUACUCUUUAA